GCGUGAGGGAGGUGGCGAGGCCUGGCAGGCCCCAUUGUUUUGUGGGGGGCGGAGCCGCUUGUGCUGUUUUUGCUGCGGAUGGAGCCGGAGGCGCUGGCUGGGGUGGAUGGCGGGUCUGCUCCUGGUCCCCUGGGAGUCCCCCCAGUGCUCUCAGUGUCGCAGCGCCGGGCCGAGCUCCGGCGGAGGAAGCUGCUGCUGAACUCGGAGGAGAGGAUCAACCGCAUCAUGGGCUUCCACCGGCCGGGCGGGGUGAGGGAUGAUGAAAGUCACACAGAAUCAAAACUUCAACAUGAGCAAGAUAAAUCGAACUCCCUCCCUAUUCCUGCAGUUUCAAAGCGAAUUGUGCUUGGUGAUUCUGUCUGUAAUUUGGCAGGAACAUCUGACCACACAAGUGGCAUUAUAGAGCUCAAAGGAGAUAAAAAGGACUUGUUCAGUAAAACUCCUGAGCUCGGUAACGAUGGUACCAGCGAGCUCCGGCAUCGUAGCAGAGGGGAUCUGGCAUCAGAAGCUUCACAGAGAGCACCUCGACAUGGAUUAGAUCAAUACUUAUCAAGAUUUGAUGAAGCUAUGAAGCUAAGAAACCAGCUGAUGAAUGAGAAGCCUAGUCAAGAGAAUGGGAAUGCAGUGGAGGAAUUUGAUUCUUUUCGCAUUUUUAGAUUGGUGGGAUGUGCGCUUCUUGCCAUAGGAGUUAGGGCUUUUGUGUGCAAGUACUUGUCAAUAUUUGCACCAUUUCUUACUCUACAACUUGCAUAUAUGGGACUGUCCAAAUAUUUUCCAAAGAGUGAAAAGAAGAUGAAAACUACGGUAUUAACUGCUGCUCUUUUACUGUCAGGAAUCCCUGCAGAAGUGAUUAGUCGUUCCAUGGAUACCUAUAGCAAAAUGGGAGACAUUUUCACAGAUCUCUGUGUUUAUUUCUUUACUUUUAUCUUCUGCCAUGAACUGCUUGGUUUUUUUGGUUCUGAAGUGCCGUGAUGGCUGUAGAACUCAAUACAGUAGUUGCAUAAAAGUUUUCCGUUCUGUAUUCCUAUAAUAUCGCUGGGUAUGCCACACAGGUUUAUACCUUACUUAAUUCUUACCUAUUCAAAUGCUUGAAACCGGUUAAAUCCACUCAUAUGAAUGGAAGAACAGGGUCCCUGGUUUGGGGUUGUAUUAGUACAGUUUAUUCAAUUUCUAAUGUGGAGAUUAGAGUGCAAGUGUCAGUGAUUUAUAUCUUUUGCUUAUUUAGUUAGAUGUCCUUUUCACCGUACCCCAAGCAUCACUUACAUUAUGUCACUUUCUUGUUGACUUGGUAGUGUGAGAACACAACAGAACUGGUGUGCUCUCAACAGAACUAUUUAUACAUUGUGACAGGACUUACCUAAAGACUGCUCCCUGUGUAUUACUUCUGUUUUUUAAAAUUUAAAUAAAGUAAAAUGUACCCAGACAUUCUAUUGUUCAAACUUUGAAUGUUGAACAAAAAUAGCCUCAGCCCACAUGCCUGCUGCUUCUGCAGCAGUUUGGUGAUGUGCCACCUCAUUGACUUGCUCUCAGUUGAAGUCCUCAUUCUCUCUGUGCAUAAGUUAUUUGUUAUAGCCAUGACUGAUUUCAAGUGAGGAAACUGGAGCAAAACUACUAAGCAAAAAAAUCCUGUUGUCCUACAAAUGUCGUUCUUCAAGAAGUAAGAAGACAUAUUUAGAAACUAUGCUAAUCUCAUAAUGUUUCCCUGAGCAUUUGGCAGCUCUCUAAUCCUAGUAGUUAUCCUAACCCUAGUUUUACCCACACUUUCAUCUUGACCUCGGUUUACUACUCUCUCUCUCUAGAGGGUUCACUUUCUACAGUGAAAGCAGCACUCAAAAAGCCCAAGUCUAAAGCAGUUGCUUCAUAUUUAUUAAAAAUGUCUGUGUUGUUUUGGUCAACCGCUAGUUAACCAGGGGACUACAUAUUUUGACUAUGUAUAUCUUUUCUGUAUUUCUCUCCCUGUGUUUAUUACUAAAGACAUUUGCAUGUAAACAGGAUCUUAAUUGCAUGGGAGUUCUGCUCCGCUGCUUAAUACUGCUACUGCUCAACAGCAUAACAGAACCUUUGGCUGGCAUUCAGCAGAGCUAUUUAUAUAUUGACUGACUUGCUUAUUCCUUUGUUCUACAUGUUGGUUUGAAGUCCCCCCAAAUAAAUCACAAUAGCCAUGCUUAUUCAAAUCUGAACUACUGAAACGGGCAAUGGAAAAAACAUUUUCUUAUCACCAUGUUGUUUUGAGUUUAUUUCCACAUGGAGAUCAAUGUGUUGAGGGGGAAAGUGGUACCUGUUAGGAGCACAUGUAAAACCAGACAGGAGGGAUUUAGGAGGCCGCCAAGGCAGAUAAAUACUAUUCUCUCUCUAGGGGGAAGUGAGCUACCUUUUCAAUCCCACAGAAAUGUGACACAUUGAGAGGAAGGAAUGGGCUAUGUGAAGUGUUAUCCCAGCUAGCCACCCCUUCACAUUGGCCAUCUUCAAUUAUUUCUGCUGCAUCUGAACUAGGUGUUACCUCCACCAUGUAGCUUGUCUAUUGGUGAAAUAGGCCAAUAUCAGUUUUUUAAUUUGGAGAAGAUCAAUCAUUUUAUUGGUGCUUGUCUACAAUGAUAGUUUUGCUUCCUAACAAAAAAAAAAAAUCUGGCUACAUGUUGCUAAAGUAAACAAGACUGUGCUUUCUGCCUAAUCUUUCUCAACUAAAAUUAUCUGCAUUAUAAUUUUAAUUCUGUAUUUCUCAGCCAAUUGUUAGACCUAUGUCUAUGGCAUGAAAAAGAAUCGUAUGUUCUGAGUCUACACUACAUUCAGUUCUUUUGCAUUACCAUUAUUUUUGUUGGCCAGCCAAUUGUAUACAUUUAGGGCUAGAUUGUAAACUAUUCUGAUUUAGGUCUGAUAGCACCAAUGCAGUUUGUGGUGACAGUGUAGCUGUGUUGAUCCCAGGAUAUUAGAGAGAGACAAAGUGGGUGAGUUAAUAUCUUUUACUGGACCAACUUCUGUUAGGCCUGGUCCCCACUAACCCCCCACUUUGGACUAAGGUACGCAAAUUCAGCUACGUUAAUAACGUAGCUGAAUUCGAAGUACCUUAGUCCAAACUUACCGCGGGUCCAGACGCGGCAGGGAGGCUCCCCCGUCGAUGCCGUGUACUCCUCUCGCCGAGCUGGAGUACCGGCGUCGACGGCGAGCACUUCCGGGAUCGAUUUAUCGUGUCUAAACCAGAUGCGAUAAAUCGAUCCCAGAACAUCGAUUGCCUGCCGCCAGACCCUCCGGUAAGUAUAGACGUACCCUUGGUAAAAGAGGCUCUGUGUAGCUUGAAAGCUUGUCUCUUUCACCAACAGAAGUUGGUCCAGUAAAAGAUAUUACCUCAUCCACCUUGUCUUAGCACAAAAGUAGACACGUUAAAAGGUUCAGUCAACAGAUUCAGAUAGGGGCUUUUCAAACCAUUGUUGAAAUGUAAAUAAUGAGUCUGCUCAAAAAAUGAUACGUGACCUAACUUUCAGGAUUAUAUAGCACAUAAACAAGUAUUGCAGAAAUGCAACAUAUUAGUCCUAUGGAGGGUCUAAAAAUGCGGAAUUUCUCAUUAUUCCUGACUAAUAUUUCAGCUUUUAAGAAUGGUUUCAUUGUAAUUAGUUAAGCCUAGAAAAGCACCUUGGCAUACAGAUUAUUAUUCUUUCUGGACUCUACUCCUUUUGCAUUCCUAUAACUUGGAAAUGACUAAACCAGAUUUUUUUCGUAGGUGCCAGAAGAAAUAUUGCUCUGAGGCUUAACAUGGAAAUUUUGACUCUGAAAAGAAUACUUUUGUCAGACAUAUAAUCCUGCUGAAGAUAGGGUGGGCAUAUAACCCUCCUCCCUGCUGUAAUUAACGAAUGAAGCAUAGGGCUGAUAGGGCAAAUGUUCAUAAGAUGGAAUUCUUUCAUUGCUUGGUCGAGGAUGAAUUCAAUCACCAUGAUCUCAUUUUCUCUGUUCAUGUACAAUAUUCUCUUUAAUGUUUCUUUAUUUCUACACUGGUUGUUUUCAAUUAAAUUUAUUAAAUUUAUGCUUGUUACCACCUUC